AGGAAGAAGCUCGGUGGUCUGAAGACCAUGCCUUUUAUAUUAUCAAAUGAAGUAUGCGAUCGGUUCGCCGUUGCUGGUUUCAAUGCCAAUAUGAUUCAGUAUCUGAGAAAUGAGCUCCAUCUUCCUCUUGUUCAGGCCACCAACACCUUGAACAAUUUUUCCGGCACGUCGAGCUUUACUCCUCUCAUCGGCGCUCUCAUUGCCGACUCUUUUGCCGGUCGCUUCUGGACCAUUACUGUUGGAUCAAUCCUCUAUCAAUUAGGAAUGUUGGGCGUCACCAUCUCCGCAAUCCUCCCAGCCCUUCGCCCGCCUCCCUGCCCUCCCCAGUCCCCUUCCUGCCACCAAGCUUCGCCAUGGCAACAAGCCAUCUUCUACCUCUCCCUCCUUGUCACCGCAAUCGGGUCGGGCGGAAUCCGGCCCUGCGUCGUCGCCUUCGGAGCAGACCAACUUGAACAAGACAGUCCAACUCAACGGACCAAUAGAACCGAACGACGCUGGAGCUUCUUCAAUCUCUACUUCUUCUGCAUCGGACUGUCUGUAAUGCUUGCUCUUACAGUGGUGGUCUACAUACAGGACAAUGUAGGCUGGGGACUGGGUUUCGGGAUCCCGACCAUCGCCAUGUUCAUCUCUGUAAUCGUUUUUGUGUUUGGGUACCCGCUUUACAUCAGGAAGAAGCCCGGAGGUAGUCCGUUGAUCAGAAUGGCCCAGGUGGUGGUGGCGGCGGCGAAAAAGAGGAAGCUUGAUGGACCUGCCGAUGUUAGGCUUCUGUAUCAGGAUCAGGAGCUUGAUGCUAAUAUAACCACCGCCGGCCGUCUCUCGCAUACCAAGCAGUUCAAAUUCUUGAACCGGGCGGCGAUUGUCACUGACGGAGACAAAACCGACACCGGCCGGUUGAGACCAUGGCGGCUAUCGACUGUCCACCGCAUCGAAGAGCUGAAAUCCUUCAUUCGCAUCCUCCCCAUCUGGUCCGUCGGCAUCCUCCUCAUCACCUCUGCGGCCAACAACUUCACCUUCGGCAUCAUCCAAGCCAAGACCAUGAACCGUCACCUCGCCGGAGACUUCCACAUUCCUCCGGCCACCCUUUUGAUCUUCUCCGCCAUCUCCAUGCUCCUCACUCUCACCAUCUACGACCGCCUCAUCGUUCCCCUCGCCCGCCGCCUCAAUAACCACCCCGACGGCAUCUCCCACCUCCGCCGCAUUGGCAUCGGCCUCGCCAUCUCCAUCCUCUCCAACGUCGCCUCUGCGCUCGUCGAGAACCGUCGCCGCCGGGCCGUCCACAAAAUCAGUGUUUUCUGGCUGGUGCCGCAGUACGCGGUACAUGGUGUGGCGGAGGGUUUGGCGUCGGUUGGUCUGAUGGAGUUUCUUUACGACCAAUCGCCGGAGAGCAUGAGGAGCAUAUCGGCGGCGCUUUACUGGCUGUCAAUAUCGUUGGGGCACUACGGUAGUACGAUGCUGGUGACGAUGGUGAACGAUUUCACUAAGAAGACGAAGCAGGGGAGUUGGUUACAGAACAAUAUCGAUAAAGGGAGGCUUGAUUAUUUCUACUGGUUGGUGGCCGGGCUCCAAGUCUUCAACUUUGGAUAUUAUCUUGUCUGUGCGAGGUUUUAUGUGUUUAAGAGGUUAGAGAUCGCCGGAGAUCUGAAUCUGGCGGAGGAUGCGGAGGAGAAAGGUGGUGGUGAAGCUGAGCUAGCAGUGGCAGCUUAG